UUUCUUUAACCUAACCCAGAUAAAAGAUAGUAAACCUUGAAAUCGAAAAAAAAAACAAAUCAAAUUUGGUGACAGCUUUCCAAUAAAAGUCACCACGUAAAAUGUCAAGAGGAAUACUCAAUAUAAAAAUUAAGCAGAAACGAAAGAUUUAAUACGCUUAAGAAAAUACAGAAAAGAUCGUGCGAAGAUUUAAAAAAAUUUAUACUAACAAACCAAAAUUUAAGUAAGCUAAUAUUAUUUCUUUAGUGACAUGUUUGUUACUUUUAUCGGCGGUAACAGGACAAAUUUAUCAGCAAGAUGAUACAAUUAAUUUAAAAAAAUUAAACGCACCACAAAUAAGUUAUGACGUUGAAAGACGAUCUAGGGAGGAAGGUGUGGGUUCAAAUUUCGAAUACACAGUUAGAAACCCGUCAGCAAAUGAGUUGGUGAAACGAUAUUCUUAUAGAAAAAUUCACAAUUAUAUUCCGGAAAAUAAUUUUAAUAAGCGGGAUCGGGGACUUUUCAAAAGAUCAAUUUUCGUCAAUGAUAAAUCUAUAGUUCCUCGAAAAACAACAACAUUUUUUAAAAUAAUUAACGAAAAUAUUAAGAAAAAAAAUAAAAAAUUACAUCCUAAAACGACAACUAAACUCGAUUCUUCCGAAGAAAAUGACAAAGAAGAGGAAUUACUUCUCAAAAAAAAAGGGGAAAGUAAUAAAAGAUCAGGUACGAAGAAUAAUAAUAACAUUCCUUACAUAAUCACACUUUAUCCAUUAAAUAUACACACCACACCAAAAAAUUGGGAUAUAAACAAAAUUAAUGAAAUAAACGAAAUUAAUAAUGGAGUUUCAUCAAAAAGAGAAGGAAAACAUAAUCAUAACGAUGCGAUAUUAAAAAUUAGGAAAUUAUCAUUAAAGUUGUCCUCAACAACAACUGAAUCACCCGGAGAUAUAUUUAGUAAGUUUAAAAAUGUUUUUGAUUCAUUGGUUGCAUUAGAAAAUAAAAAAAUGAAAAAUAACGAAGAAAAAAGUGAAAAAAGUACGACUCCAAUAAAAACUACGUUAGAUACUUUCAUAGAUAAUUUGAUAGAUACCCCAAUAAACGCUUUAAAAGAUUCUUACACAAAAAAUAUUCCAGAUUGGGUUAAAAAUUACGAUCAUUAUUUAGAUUUGCUAAAAGAAUUUAAUAUAUCAACAGAAAAAUAUUCUUUUAAUACUGAAAAAACGAACGAUGAUUAUAAAAAUUAUUUAAAUGAUCCCGGAAUUUUUAAUUUGUCUCAAAUUAACCACGAAAAGGAAUCAACUACUUUAGACACCUUAAAAACCACAACGAAAACGAGCACAAUGUUGGAUAAAUACAUGUUGGAUCGUAGAAAUCGAGAGUUGUUACAUCUGAUACAUCAAACGUAUCUUAAUCGGAAACGAUCUUAUAAAAACCAUAAACAGUCUGAUUAUCCUCAUCAUUUAAUACCUGGACAAUAUUCUAUGUGGUUAACGAAAAAUCCUUUGAGAAUUAAUGAACGUAAUGAAGAUGAAGCGAACACGAUGAUUCCAAUACUUAAAAUAACACCAAAAAAAGUUCGAGUUAAUCAUAAAUCAAAUAAUGAAAUAAAUAAGAAUUUAUUUAAACUUUUAGAGGCUCAAAUAAAAUCUUAUAUAGGAACUAGUGUUGAACCAGAUGUUAAUGAUGAAUCGGAUAAUUUUGAUUUAAAUGGGGAAAAUGGAGCAAAUAUAGGAAAUGUAGGAAAUUUAGGAAAUGUAGGAAAUGUGGGAAAUGUAGGAACAGGUUUAAGUCCUAUGGAAUCUGAAACUUCACCACGAUCAUCUCAAAAUUAUGAGUAUAAUGAUCAAAACGAUGAACAACUUCCUGAAAUUAUUACUUUAUUUACAUUAGCACCGUUAAAGAUGAUUGAAGAUAUUAAAGGAAUAGAAGCAGCAACAGAAAAAUAUGUUGGAACACAUCAUCAAACUGAAAUGCCCAUAUCUGAAGUGCAUGUGACUGAAACACCUAAGGCAAUUGAAACUGCAAAAUCUACAAGUGAAACAUCUAAAAUGAGUGAUGCAUCUAAAAUAAGUGAAGCAUCUAGAAUAAGUGAUGCAUCUCGAAUAAGUGAUGCAUUUAGAAUAAGUGAUGCACCUAGAAUAAGUGAAGCGUCUAGAAUAAAUGAUGCAUCUAAAAUAAGUGAUGCACCUAGAAUAAGUGAUGCAUCUAAAAUAAAUGAAGCUACUAGAAUAAGUGAUGCAUCUAGAAUAAGUGAUGCAUCUAGAAUAAGUGAUGCACCUAGAAUAAGUGAAGCGUCUAAAAUAAUUGAUGCAUCUAGAAUAACUGAUGCAUCUAAAAUAACUGAUGCAUCUAGAAUAACUGAAACACCUACUGAAUCAUCAAGCACAAAUGAAAAAUCUACAAUUACAGCAACACCAAUAAUAACUGAAUCACCUAAAACAACUGAAACAUCCACAAUAAAUGAGACACCUACAGUAACUAAAACAUCUAUAAUAAAUGUGACACCUAAAAUAAGUGAAACACAUCGCUCAACAACUUUGACUUCAUCAUCAUUGACCACAACAUUUCCAAUAACAACCCUACUAUAUCCAUCAACGUAUAGUUUAAAAAUUGAACCGUUAUCAGAAGUAACAAAAGAUGUAGCCGCAACAAUAACGUUGGAUGAUGAGUUAAAAUCGGCUUUAAAGUUAUCGGGUGAUGUUGAAAAACACGAGGAAUCUAUGAAAUCGAAAGAUUUUCGAGAAAGUGAUGAAGAUUUAAAAUUGGAUUUAAAGACGUCUUGUGGUGAUGUUGACAAAUAUGAAAAGAUGAGUAGCACAAAUUUUAAGGAUAGUUCUAAAGAAAUUACGAGUCCUACAAAUGUUGAGAAUACAAUACAAAAUUUGUUUACAUCUAGUACGACUUCUUCAAGAAAUGUUUUAACAACAACUGAAGAAAUGAGUACUGAGAAGCGUUUGAGUAGUCUUGCUCAAUCUAUAAUUUCAAAUUUGAUUAGUGAAUAUUUAAGAGAACAAUCAAUAAAAUCUUCUUUGUCUAGUAAAGUAACAGAGUCAACUAAUUCUGCGAUAAAAUCGGAAGAAUCACCUCCAAUUACUGAGUCAUUAAAAAAUGAAAUGAGUAAAACCACGAAGAAAUUUCCAAUUAAAUCAAAAUUAAAACCAGUGAAUGUAAUUUUUCAUAAUCUGCCGAAUUCGUAUAACAAAGAAUAUAGCAAAAAGAAAAAUUUUCUUACUACAGAAAAUAAUAAAAAAUUUGAUGAUUUUCAUUCAAAGAAUUAUUUCAAAUUAAGUAAGGCUCCUUUAAAAAUAAUUAAAGUAUUUCCAUCUUCAACUCCAAACAAUUAUAUGCCUAAAUUUAAAUCAGACAAAACUCCAAAGCAUUCGCCAAAAAAAUCGUUUACUCUAUACACGUAUUUUCCUCAAUUACAAACUUUCAAAGCUGAAAAUUACGAUAAUAACCCAAAUAUGGCACUCGCAACUGAAGAUCAAGGCGAUAUUACAGAAUUGGUUCCUCAAUCAUUUCUCUUUCCCGAAAGUUAUGUAACAUCCGAUGGUUUUGAUAUGAGGAAUUUAGCUACAAAGAGGCCGAAAUAUCAUUUAAAACCAACUAAACCUAAUUGGAGAUCGAAAUUAAUUAAUUUGUUGACGUCGAAAUCGCCACGAGUUUUUGAAAGAAAUUUAAUUAAUUAUAAUAAUUUUAAUAAAGUUGAGUUGGAAUAUGAUGUUCCAAAAAUCGUUGGUUAUGUUUUAUCGAAUGGAGAUAUUGUUAAUAUAAAAGGUAAAACAAAAAUAAAAUUAGAUAAUGAAGAAAAUCGGACAACUAAAAGAGAUAACAAAAAUGUUUAUUAUACAAUAAUGAAACCGAUGGAAACAACUUUACCUGGUUAUUAUGAAAAACACGAAAAAAGAACUAAAUCGAUUAAUUCCUCGUUUUAUGGACCGAUUAUUAACAAAAAUUCAAUAAAAAGCUAUCAUCAUGAACAUGAUGAUUACCAUUUUCCGUUGUUUAUUCCGAAUGUGGAAAAAAAAACUUCAAAAAAAAAUCAAACAAAUAUUUUCAAACCAACAAUUAAUCCAAAAAGUUUUAGCCAAAACAUAAAUAAAACUACAACAAAGAAAAUAAUGGGAACAACAGUUACAAGAUUAAUAGUAACUCAUUGGCCAAUAAGUAAUAUGAAACCAACUGAAUAUAUAGAUUUAACAGAAAAUGUUGAUUCAACAGAUAACGUUGGAGUAACAGAGAAUGUUGGAGCAAUAAAAAAUGUUGGAGCAACAGAAAAUGUUGGAGCAACAGAAAAUGUUGGAGCAACAGAGAAUGUUGGAGCAAUAAAAAAUGUUGGAACAACAGAAAAUGUUGGAGCAAUAAAAAAUGUUGAAACAACAGAAAAUGUUGGAACAACUGAAAAUGUUGAAACAACAGAAAAUGUUGGAAUAACAGAAAAUGUUGGAACAACUGAAAAUGUUGGAACAUCUGAAAAUGUAGAAUCAACAGAAAAUGCUGAAUCAACAGAUAAUGUUGAAUUAACAGAAAAUGUUGAAUCAACAGAAAAUACAAGAUCAAGGAAAACUACAAGAUCAACGAAAACUACAAGAUCAACGGAAACUACAACAUCAAUGGAAACAACAAGGACGACAAGACGUACAAGUACAAUAAAUUUUGAAAGUGAUGAUCAAACAGAUGAUACAAAAAAAUUCGAUUUUAGUAAAGGAAGAGGAAAAGAUUUAAUUGACAUGUUGUUAUCAUCAAACGAUACGAUUGCAGAAAUAGAUAGAUUGAUACACGGAGAGAGCGACAUGCCAGAAACUACAACUGAGUACACAGAACUCAUCACAAGGGUAAAUCCAGUUACCUAUCCCUUGAAAAAAACUAAUUAUCAUACCACAGCAGGAGGACAGAAGGGGCAGAAAAUCGAACAUAACGGAAUCAAAUCAUCAACAGCAUCCACUAAAUUUGGCGGAGAUACUUCGAAAAAAAGUAGUGUCUGUUUAUCAGAAAAUUCGGGACAAGAUAACAAAAUUCACAAAUCUGGACGACCGGAGAUAAAUGACGAUGAUGAUUCAUUACCAAAUUCGCCGUUAUUAAGUAAAUUGAUGGAUGCGAAUAAUACUUUGGGAGCUAUCGAGCAGUUAAUUCAUGGAUACACUUUUUAUUUGCCGAUUAUAGAAGAAGAUUUUGGGUUAAAAGACGUUACGAUGGAUUAUGUCCAAAAAGUUGCGGUUGAGCCCAAAGGUGGGAUAAAAAAGAAGGAAAUAGCAACGAAUCAAAAUUUAUUCGGAAAAACAUGCACCGACGUUAUAAAAUCAAUCGCUAAUAAGCUUCAAAGCAAAUCUAAUAACGCAGACGAAGACGAUGAAGAAUUAAAAUUCAAUCCACAACUAAUUAUGGACUUUUUUGAUGACGUCGAUAAAACCAAAUCAAACAAAAACAUACUAAUUCCAAGAAAUGACCAAGAAAAAUCCGAAACAACAAAAUUAUCGUUCGGAUUUUUUAAACAUAUAAAAGGUAGAGAUAACAUAAAUCAAAACUUUACGGCAAUUCCAAUUCAAAAAAAUUCACAACCCAUCAUUAAUAUUUCAAAAUCGAACGUUGAUUUAAAGAUUCCUCCAACAAAUCAAAUUAAUUACCCGUCAAGGUUUAAUGUUAAACUUAUUGAUAAAACUUUAGCUCAAAUAGCAGCUACCACUCCUUCUUCUCUUGUAAACAACUCAUACAUUUUCAAUCAAUUCAAAUCAAUUCAUAAUGGAAUUUCGAAUAACGAAGAAGAAAAGACAAUUAUUCCUAAUGGUUAUGUUGGAUAUGAUCAACAACUCAAAACACUAUUAAAAUUAAAUACACCACAACCCACACUGAAUGACCCGGAAAUUACAAUAAACCCGGUCGAAACUGAUAUAAGAUUAUCUUAUGAUCCCACAGGUAACGUGGUUCAAUCUGAGCCUGUUUACAAAGAAGAAGGAGUGAAGCCACGAUCCGGAGAAGGACGUGGACAUAAUGGAGAAUCAGACGAUUGCGUUACAACAACAACUCAAUGCGAUGCUACAGGAUACAAUAAUGAUACCACAGAGUCAGCAAUAACCGGGCAAUAUUCACCAUCACCAUCCCCAAAAAUACCAAAAGUAACAGGAUUUGAUCAAUAUUAUCCCCCGGGUCAUGAACCAGCCAACAAACUUAACCAAACCAAAACGUAUCCAGAUAAAAAUAAAGAUUCCGAUGGCUGUUGCGAAGCUGUUUCUCCUAAAUCUAAUGUUACGUACGAUUUCCAAGAAGAAAAUUUUACUCGUUCUGGGCCUCUUCAAAUGGGGGUUCAAUCCCAAGAAGUUACAACAGCAAAACCAGAAAUGGCUCUUAGAAAUAAAACUGUUAACGUUGUACCUAACGUGGAAAGUGCGAUUCCUCAUAUUGAAGAAUGUCUCCCUUCAAAUUCUUCUGUUAACGAACCAGCACCAGCUUAUGCCCCAAAAGAAGCUAAUGUGUAUACUACUCCACGCGUAUCUCUCGAUGAAGCCUAUAAAAAUUCGACUACAACCUCGUCUAACAUGACAACGUGUGACUUAUUACAAGACAUACUAGAAAAAGAAGCUUUAUCGAAAGAAGCUCAAAAACAACCAUUAAAACAAGAAAUACAAGGGAAAGAUGAUACUCAACCUCAAGCUGCUAUGAGAGCUAACAUAACAGAACACGUAAUAAGUCAAUCGGAACAACCAGGAUACUAUGAUUUACAAAAUUCUAAACCGUCCCAAAACUUUACGAGUUGGACACAAAAACCACCAGAUUUAUUCAUUCAAGCACCACCAGUCGGUAAUUUUAAAGUAAUCAUUAAUAACAGCGUAACGGUCGUUCCCGAAGGGAUAGAAGAAGUUACAACCACCCCAAUGACAUUCGGCCCACAAACAGACUUAGAUGUACCAAAGCAAGGUGAUAAUGCCAAAGCGGGAAAUGAAGCGCCCCAAGCUGCUUAUAAAGCAGGAUCGGGAAACGAAUCACCAGAUGAAUGUGCAAAUACAACAACAACUCCUAGAAAUAAACUAUUAGCUGACGCAUGCGAUGUAAAAGAAGCUGCGUGUACUACAGAAGAGUGUAAAACAGAUAUGGAUUCAACAAAGCAGGGUGAUAACGAUAAAGAUGAGAAUCAACCACAAGCUGCUUUUAAAGCGGGGUCAUCAAAAGAACAAGCCGCUUUUAAAGUGGAAGCAAAUUCAGAUGAGUGCUCCAAAGCAGAUAUGGAUUCAGCAAAACAAGGUUAUAAUGAUAAAGAGGGAAAUGAAGCACCACAAGCUGCUUUUAAAGUAGAAUCAAGUUCAGAGGAGUGCUCCACAACUGAAUCGGAUGUAGCAAAACAAGGUUAUAAUGAUAAAGAAGGAAAUCAAGCACCACAAGCUGCUUUUAAAGCAGGGUCAAGUUCAGAAGAGUGUUCCAAAUCAGAUACCGAUUCAGCAAAGUCGGGUUAUAAUGAUAAAGAAGGAAAUCAAGCACCACAAGCUGCUUUUAAAGCGGGGUCAAGUUCAGAAGAGUGUUCCAAAUCAGAUGUGGAUUCAGCAAAGUCGGGUUAUAAUGAUAAAGAAGGAAAUCAAGCACCACAAGCUGCUUUUAAAGCGGGAACAAGUUCAGACGAGUGCUCCAAAACUGACACGGAUUUAUCAAAACAAAGUGAUAAUGAUAAAGAAGGAAAUCAAGCGCCACAGGCUGCGUUUAAAGUUGGAUCAAUAAAAGAACAAUCUGGGGGCACGACUGAAGAAUUAAGUGAGUGUACUAAUAUAACAGCGACUACUAAAUUAAUUGUUGAAUCAAGUGAUGUUCUUACAACGUUAUCUGCUGAAUUAUCACGUAAUCGGUUAGGUCCAAUUAAUAGUAGCUUUGGUAUGAGAGGUAGUAAUCAAACCCAAGGUGAACAAGCUUAUGGUGGGACGAAGAAUCAUGCUAAACCUGUCGCGGAAGUGCCGCCAAACACAAACAUCACUUCAGGAUCUGACGAUUGGUUCAUAAGUGAUCCAAAAGCAGCUUUUCGCGAUAAAUCACACGAAAAAGCUACUACACAAAACAAAACUUGCUCAUCUGAAGAAUCAUCUAAAAAUUCACAACAAAAGAAAAUGUUAAAUCACGUUCAAGAUAUUCUUAUUCCAACCGUAUAUUUUCAAGGGGAUGAAGAAACCGACGAUUCAUUAGCAGGAUUUUUAGACGAUGUUGAUAAACAAAGACGACAAUCAAUUUUUGAAUUUGCCGAUCAACAGAUAUCAGAUGAUAUGGACAGAAAAAAAAGAUUUUUAGAUGUUUCCACUAACGAUUAUUCAAAUGAAGAAGAAGAAGAAGAGGCUGAGGAUGAUCAAUCGUAUGAUAAAGGUGAUGAUGUAGAUGAGGCAUCGGUUAGUGAAGAACAUAAAAAAGAUAUUAAUAAGGUAAAGACAUCCACUGAUACAUCAUUUCAGGAGCCGACGUUAGAUGAUAGUGAUGAGAUUAUUUUUACAAAAGAAACACAAACACUAACGCAAAGGUUGCCAACGAAUAUAAUGAAAGGACGAAGUACUUUGAGUAAUCAAAACUUCUCUCCGACUACGUUAAAAAAGUCCCAAAUUAUUCAAAAAUUAAAAGCAACGACUCUAAUUAAUGACAUUUCAGAAGUUAAAAAACGUCAUGAUAUGAAUGGGAAUGUUGAGCGGGGUAGUUCUACUAUUAAGGAACUUUUAGUCCAUUAUGAAAAUCAAAAUUUAAAAUCUAACACAGUUAAUGUUGCAUGUCGAAAUCCACCGGGAAAUGGGCAAUGUCCUGUAACAGAUUCUGUUAAUGCCCAUCAGGGACAAACUUCUGGACCAACAGGUGAGAGUGGUCCAAAAUCAGAGUCUGGACCAACUGCUGGAAAUUCACCAGCUACUGGUGAAAAUUCUCCUGCUGCAGCUUUUAAGCAAACACCUGGAAAUUCUGGAGGAAACACCGCACCAGUAAAUAACGAAGUAAGUGAACAAAACCCAGCGGAAGGACAACCAGCUGAAGAUCAACCAUUAAAAUUACCACCACCACCAUUCGCAAUGAUGUGUUAUGACCCUGAUGAAAUAUGCCCCACCACACUUUCAACUGAGUAUAAACCAGGAUCAACAACUGCAUUGCAUUAUAUGAAUUUUAGCGCACCCACAAUGUAUGGUCAUAUAACAAAUGCAGAUAUACACACGAUAUUAGCCGGUGGGGGCGGCGGUGGUAAUGGAGGUGGUGGUGGAGGUGAUGGUAGUAAUGGAAUGAAUGUUGGAAUUGGCGGAGGAGGGAGUCCUCCCCCACCAAAUGGAGUUAUUCAAGGAAUGGGAGGAGCAAUAAAUAUUGGAGGAGCUGCUCCUCCUCCACCUGGAGCUCCUCCGAAUGGGGUUGUAGCUGGAAAUGUUCCACCUCCAAAUGCAGGCAACGUCCCAAUUGCACCUGGACCUCCACUUACCCAAAAAAAUCCAUGCGUAACUGUGAGAGAAAUGACACCGGAAGCAUUUAAGGAUUAUCAACCCGAGCAUAAUAACGAAAUUAAAAUUCAAAAAUGUUCAGAAUAUGAUAUCAAUUUAAAAUCGGGGAUAGUUGAUAAAAAAGCAUCAUCAUCUAAAAAUUUUGUACCAUUAAGUACUUUUGCGAACGACAUCAAAUUAACUCCUUCUCGAGAAGACGUUGACAUAGUCUAUCCAAUUACUUCAAAUGAAAAUUUGCGUUCUUCAAAACAUGAUGUGUGUAUUCAAGAUUUUAUGUCAACAACUACAGAAGAAACAGAACCAUCAACUGUGGAAAGAUCAUCCACCACCGAAGCAACAACAACAACGGAAGAACUCACAUCUAUAGUAUUUACUAUUCGAGAUCUUUUAAAUGGCGAUGUACGCAUUCAAGAUUUUAUGACAACCUUAACGGAAGAACCCGAGUUUUACAAACCAACUAAGAAAAGUACUACAAUGUUUGUUUCCACUACUACAACUCCCGCAACAAUACCAACGAACGAUUUAGACAACAUUUUAUUUAAAACGGCUGAUAUAUCCAUGCAAGAAACGUAUGAUCCUUUAGACAAGAAGAAAAGAAAAUAUAACGGAUUUAGUGCUUCAAGAAAAAACUUUGAGCUUGUAACAAAACCUUAUUUGAAUUCUAAAAAAUUAAUUGAUGAAAACUCUGAAACUCAAUCUUUUUUACAAGUGCAAAAUUCUGGAAAAGAUCUAAAACAGAUAAAUUUGGAUAAAAUAAAUACAGAGUUGUUAUCGACGAGAAAUGAAGGAAUUUUUAAAACGUCAAAUAACGCUUUGGAUGAAAGAGUAUCUAAUAAUGCACCUCCACAAAACGUAGCUGGUGAUUCAAAAAAUUAUUUAAUAAAUUCUAAUGAUUUAGAUAAUUUAGAACGAAUAACAGAAACCUAUAAAAACCAAUUAGAACAAAACACUCAAUUAGAUUCACUCCAAGACGUAUCUCUAUCACCACCCGAAUAUCCUUAUUCAAACACGAGAGAAAGUCGAGGAUAUUUCUCAAAUAAUUUUCCCCCUCAAUCCAACCAAGAAGGAGCACCGAAAAAGAACCAAAAUUCUUUCAUGGAUGUUUUCACACAUUCCGUGUACACAGCACCAAACGAACUUUUACAUCCAACACUUCCCAGACAACGAUAUAGUCCCACAAGAUACAAAGAUUCAACUGCCGAACUUUUCGCCGCUUUAUUAUUAGCCGAUGAUCCAGUUGAUGCAAUCGAUAAAUUAAUAAAUGGUGGAAAAACACAAGGAAAUGAAUUAAUUUAUUUAGCCAAAAUGAAAGCUCAAGCAAUAGUUAAUUCCACAAACACCCCACCUACGAUUAAGCCGUAUUACUAUAGAAAUAAUCCUUUUGGGAAUGUAAAAAACAAACCUGUACCUGAUAAAGUGAGGCAAAGACAAAUUAAGCUUAGCGAUAAAGCACCCUCUAUCACUACGAUUAAAAAAAUUCUUAUUGAAACUUCACCAAACCCGGAAAAACGUGAAGAACAAUUAGAAGAAGAAUAUUUACCGGAAGAGUUAGAUCCGUUUGUUUCCGAUGAGUACCAAGCCCAUCCAAAAAUUAUAACCUCUUUACUUCACGAUGAGAUUUUACAUCCCGAAAAACGAUUAGCAAAAGUUUCAGAAACCGAAUUUCUACCUGGCUCAGAUUCCGCUGGAGAUUAUCUUGUUAGUAAUAAUAAUUCACAUGCAACAACCAGUUUUAAUACUUACGAGUCAGAAACUUUCGAAGAUGAUUCAUUGAUUGAUAACGACGAUCCUAAAAGUAAUGAUGAAAUAAAUCAAAAUGAAGAUUUUAUGUAUAAUAAAACGAUGCAUGUUAAAAGAUCUCCAAAUGAAGAAUUAGAAGCUUACAGCAAAGGAUCUCCAUUUUCCAGUAUAAAUUUCGAGCGAUCAGCCCCGAAGCAAAAUUUCUUCGCGAACGACGCAACCGAAUCCGAUUCAAGAGCCAUGGCUAGUUUAUUAUCUUCAAAUGACAUCGUAGAAGAUAUAGACAAGUUGAUACAUGCGCAAGUGAAUCCAAGCAGUAUUGAUAGAAUAUAUCAACCUGUGAAUAUGCCGGUAACCACAAAAACAACAGAUGCAACAGCUGCACUUUUAGAUCGCUUAUUAAACAUGAAUGAUACUUUGGGUGGAAUAGAUAAAUUAAAUCAUUAUGUUAGAAAAUCUGAAAAGUUUUUUGUGCCUAAAUUUGACACGCCUUCUAUAGAAAGAGGGACUUCGUUGGAUGCCGCAUGUGUAAAGGAUUCUGAAGAAACUGUCAAAAAACUUUUAGGGGCUAAAUAUAGUAAGGGUGGCCAAAAAAACGUUUCCGUUCAUAUUCAAAAAGUAAGAUCUAAUAAGCUCCGUGAAGAUAAUUACGAAGAUUUUGAUGAUAAAAAUUUGAAGGAAAGUAGAGGUUGUAAUAACGGCCCUAACGUUACAUCACCUCUGGGGUGUCUUCAGAAAAGUAAAUCAUCAGAAAAUGAUGGUAAUAGUGACUAUAAUUGUGACAUGAGUAGUGAGAAAAUAACGUUUUUAAAUGAAAAUUCGCCCACUACAGCAACCAACGAUGUAAGCAGUAAUAAUAAAGAAGCUUAUAAUGCAACUAUUUAUGUAUUAAAAGAAGGUUGUCUAGGCGAUGAAAGUCAAGAAGCUAACUCUGAAAUUGAUUAUGACGAAAUCAAAACAAAAAAUGGUCCACCUAAAACUAUGAACGGAAUUACAGUUGCAAGUAAUAAAGCUUAUGAUAGACCAAUGGAUAUUGUUAUUGAUUCUGAUUCUUGUGGAAGUACAACAAAUGAAGAUAGUGAUUCAUGGACAACUGCACCAUAUGAUGAAAAUGGUGGAUAUGCGCUUUUAGUAAUUCCACCGAAAAAAGAUAGGUUGGCUAACUCUGAUAACUUAAAUCCUGGAGUUAUUAAAGAAUUACAAUCAAAUCCUUACGUUAUGGGGAAAAUUUCUCCCAUAAAUAAAUGUUCUACCGAGAAGAAAGUCACUUCUUCAUUGAAACAUUCAAAUAUAAUCCCGAUACAAGAUCUUUAUAAAAACGCAAAUAUUAAACCUUCAUCGCCUUUUUUUGCAAUUUAUAAUCGAAUCGAACCUUUCGCACAAAAUCUCACAUCAAAAAGUACAAAAAUGUCGAAAAAAAAAGGAUCUACAAAAUCAAUACAAAACAAAAAUUUAUUUUUAAUCCCAACAACCAUUUCAAAACCAAUUAAAGAUGUAACCCCAGUUGAUUAUUUAAUCGAUGUAACAAAAAAAGAUGUCACACCAAUUGAAGCCCAAGAUUAUGAAGAUGAAGAAAGCGACAAUAUCAAAGAUGAUACAAAUACGAUUGAAGAUCCUAAAGAAGUCUCCGAAUCGGACGAUUUACAACUUCUCCCGGAAAUGUUGUACCAUUUCGUUGAGGAGGAACCCUCGAAAAAUUAUAAAAGAAGUUUUGUUAGUUCUAGAAUUAUUUUUAAUGACAGAAAAAAAUUAGAAUAUGAAGAUCGAAAAGAAAGUAAAAAAAAGAAUUCAAAAAACAGUUUUUUAGACUCUAAAACACAAAAUUCGCAGAGAAAUCCCAACUCAACUUUUAAUUCAAUGGCUUUCUCUAAAUUUACUGAUAAACCAAAAAUCACCAAUACAAAAAUAAAUAAAAAUUUAACUCGCGAAAUUGAGUUGAUGACGUCUAUAGAAGAAUAUUUAAAGAAGAUAAUGAAUGUAUUAGAAAGAUAUAAACACGAAUCUAAACGUAAUAAGAAAAGGCAAAUUAAAAAAAGGCAUAUUAAAAAAAGGUUAAGGAGAACUUGUAGUACAGAAAAUACUUUAGUAACUACAGAAACAACGCCUGAAAUGACGACGGUAAGUGAUUGGAAUACAGGAACAGAAGUAUCUAGCCAACAAUCAUUAGCAAGUGUUAGCGUUUCAAUCCGAUCAAAUAAUUCAUUUGAUCACGAAUUUUUUUCAAGUAUAGCAGGUGUAGCUAAAGAAAGUAGUGAGAUAACAAAUAGUGAAUGUGACACUGUAAAAAUUAAUGAAGAUGUAACGAGUUCAUCAACGCCAUCUUCAACAGUUUUGGCUUCAUCAAUUACUUUAUCAACAACACCAACGACUUCAUUAACAACUCGAUCGACAACACCAUCAAAAAUUCCAGAAACAACAACACCAACAACACCAUCAAUAACAACACCAACAACAACUUUAUUAACGACGUUAUUGACAACAAAUACAGCACCAACUGUUUCUAAAUAUUGUAAUUGGAUAUGUUCAGAAGAAACAACAUCACCAAUUCCUUUUGAAGGAUUUAUAGCAACUUCUGUAGGUAACUUUUCUUAUAAUUUUACCAUGUCGAUAACGCCAAAUAAAUAUCCUGAAGUAAUUACAAAUUCUGAUGUAUACACCCCUGAUAACAACAUAGUUUUAAUAACUAGUCGAAGUAGACAAUCAGAAGUAUUGGAACCAUCUAUUUAUCUUGACGAUGUUUCCGCUAUUGAAUCAUCAACUGGAUAUACAACAAGACAUUUAUGUGAUUAUUUUGAUUCGAAUUGUAACCUUAAAGAAGCGAUACCAGAUGAAUUAAAAUACUCAAAACCUCCAUUAUACAACAUUUUAAAAUACCUCCCAAACCUUAAGCAUAAAUACGCGACAAGAGAAGAUGGAUACAUGUUUAUAACGGCUCCUUUAGUGCUUGAAGAUGCUGAUGAACCUGAAUUUCCAGCGAAAAAUUGGCCAAGAAGUUCGUUUGCGAUCGGAAAUUCGGAACCAAUCGUUAAUAUGACGGAUUUAUUGAAAGCCAUUUAUGUGACGAAAAAGAUUAAGAUCCCCGUUAAAAGGGAACGUUUAAAAAUGGAGGCUACUUUACCUCACGAAUUAUUUCAAACUUACACAGUUCCGACUCGUAAAAUAAGAAACAAAUUAAGAACGUUUGUAUCUUCGAAGGUUUAUGAAACAUUUAGUAGUACCCAAAAAGUUUUUGAUCGCGCUAUCCAAAGAUCAACGGUUCCUGAUACUACAAGCGUUAUGAACAUGCUUCCAGUUUCACCACAAGUUAUUAUAAUGGCACUGAUGCCUCCACAACCAUCUGUAAUGGCUUAUUCAAAACCAAACCAAAAUUUUAAUUUAUCAGGGAUUCCUUUGGGGUUUAAUCAAAUCCCGUUUAUUCCUGGUUUUCCUCAAUUCAUUCAAACAUCUCCACCUGCAAUUACAACAAAAUCUACAUUCACAACACGACCCCCAAUUACAACAAAUAAAUUACCUCCAACUACACCAAAACCCACAACCACAUCAACUACAGUUGCAAGAAAUGUUUUAACACUUCCCGCACUCCCAAAUAGUUGCUUAACUAUUAAUAUUACAAGAACAACUCCGCCGAAUGCGAUGCUUAAACCCGCUGAUACAACCACGGUUGCAAAUACAAAUAAUUUACCCGUAAUUAACGUUCAUUGUGCGAGACAAAUCGAAUCAACUACUAAUAUAGAAGCUAAUUUAAAACAGGAAGCUUUAAAAUUAUUAAAGAAAUACGCCCAAUAUGUUAAAGAAAAACAAGGAAAGGAACAAAAUUUGGACGUGGAAAAGAGAAAUAUGUUGAAGUCUAGUGAUACUUUGUUAAAAAAUUUUAAUUUGGCUUUUUUGCAAUCGAAGCUUAAAAGAAAGAAAAGAUAUAAACCAGAUAUGAAUCCUAAAUUAUUUGGGAGAAACGAAUAUUUAUACCAGGAAACUUAUCCAAAUAAAGUAAAAAAAUAUCUGUAUAACCUCGAUCAUUUACACAACAAAAUUGAAGAUGACUCACAAGAAAACAAUUUUAAGAUUACAAAACACAGCUUUCAUCCACUACCAGUACCUCAACCCAUAAAUAUUAAAGAUAUGCCAAAGGGAGGUAAAAAUAUUUCAGAUUUAAACCAAGAUUCAAAUCUUAUUUCCACACCGAUUGUUUUAAUGUUAGCUAAUUCACCGAAUGAUUUAAACGAGAUCAAGCAUUCAACAUCAAAUAAAAAGGGAAAUAUAGAUUUUAAUGAUUAUUAUAACAACGAUGGUUUUGAUCAAGAUUAUGAUAAUAUAAUCAAAGGAGUUUCGUCGGAAGUGGUUUUCCCCCCAAAUUCUAGUUCAACAACAACCCAAUCAACUCUCCAAACUGAAACUAUUGUUAUUGUUAAAUAUAUUCAACCUGUUACAACAACAAUUUCGCAAUAUAGUAAAAAUCAAGAUCAAGAAAAUUUUGGGAUUAUGCAAAAUUUUAUUAAUACAUCACUUAAUUCGCAAGAUCAACUAGAAAGUGUGUCACAAAAUGGUCCGAAUUAUUCAAGUAAAGAUUUAAAUCUUAUUAAUAAUCUUAUAAAUGAAGAGGAAAUUAAUUCGGAACCACCAACAGAAGAAUUAAGUUCAAGUGGUAUUCAAAGUAUUAAAUGCAAGAAUGUUAUUAACAUUUUCACAAAUCAACCAGCUUUAUUUGGAGGAGAUUUGGAAACCUCAACGUCUAAAGAAAAUGUUUUAAAUGAUUUACCAGCAAUUAUUGAAACAUACUCGAAACAACAAGAUUUGUUAACAUCAACGACAACGGAAUCAUCACCAAAAGAAAAAAAUAAUUUCGAUGUCGAUGUAACCCCGGCUAAAGUUGAAACUCCAACGUCUAAAAUGAACAUAUUAAAAAUAAAUUUCAAAAAUAAUAAAGUACCUAUGAUGACGAGGGACGUCGAAAUAGGUCCAACAACUCCGAUUUUCCAAGAACUUUACCCCGAUUUAACCAGUCCUACUUGCGAUUUAAAUACAAAUCCUCCUGAAACGAUUAAUUCCAUGGACAUUUCUUCGUUGCUACCUAAUUUAUCAAAAAUUGAAAAUAUAAUUAAAGAAUCUAAACUUAAUAUAAUCGAUUUAAAACGUGAAGCGAAAAAGGGUAGGUUUAAAAAAGAAAUCAAUUUAGAUAAUCAAAAACAAAAUUUUGAUAAUCCAACUGAAUAUUUAAGAAACGUUUUAACAACAAAAACGACUGAGAAAAGAAGCGUUGUUAUAAACGCUGAAUCGGUGAAUUUAGUGUUUUCAGAAAAUGCAAGUGAUCAAGGUGAAUCGGCCGAAAAUUUGGUAAAUUUCAGGAGGAUUUAAAAUCAGCAGUUAUCGGCGUAAAUUCACCUAACGCAACGAAUAAAAUGAAU